AUCGGAAAGAUAUGGGUUAGUUUUACGGUGAUGAUUGUCAACAGAAUUGCCCGCAGAAACCAUAAACCGAAUUACCGCAUCCCUAAAAGACGCAAUUCAUGCAUACGAGGUAUGGCUUUAUCACCAAAGAAGAAAAAAACAUUCAAACCAUCUUCGUGCUCCUUUUCAAUCUUUGUGCAAAACAAAACAACGGCGUCUCAAAUAUGGGCACUUAGUGUACUAAUCGGCAUCAUAUGCCCAUUACACAUUGUUCAUUGUGUAGAUCCAAAGUUUGAUCCUUCAACACGUAUGCGGCUCGUUUUGGUGCCGGCGGAUGCGCAAGUUGGCUCUGUAAUAUAUCGAUUACGUGGCACAGACGAGGAGUUUGACUAUCCACUGGCGUUUGAACUUAUAGACGAUGCAGCAUCGUCUACCGUUAGAAUUGAAUCCCUUCCGUGUACAAAAUAUAAUUCCGUUUGCCAAGCAAAUGUAGUGUUACAACAACGUUUGGAACCGGGACGCUACUACGACUUCCAGGUAUCAGUUAAGGACACCAAGGGUGGUACGGCCAGCCAGUUGUGUUCGAUUACUGCUACCAAUUUUACAACACCACACGAUCUCAUAUUCCCACAUAAACCGGGUAUUAUAAUGAUUCCAGAGGUAAGGCUAAUAGUAGUAUUAGUAAUUUGA